GUCCAUCUUUUUGAGCAAACAUUAUAUAUAAUAUUUUUUCUCUUAAAUAAAAUAUAUCAAAUUCUAUCUUUUUGUAUGAAAGUUCAGGAGGCAACUCCAAAAUACACAAACUAGGUAGACUUUUGUAAUAAUAUUAAUAUUUGUUCUAGAUCAUUUUCAAAUGUAUUUCAUAUUCUUGUGAGCUAGACCCUACCAUCUCGUGGUCUUAUCGUCCAGAAACUAUAGAAUAAAGAUACUAAUAAUAUGUCAACGGUUUUUGGUAAGGAGACGAGUUAGGAAGAAGAAGUCAGUCUCCAAGAAUUUGACUCAGAACAAUACCAAAGUUGGUUUAAUUCGUCAAAAUAUCAAUUGUAGACUAUUCAUUUCAACGUCUCAUCAAACACUCGUAUAUAUAAAUAUACCUAAACCCACCAACAUGAAAAAACCACCACAACUUACCAAAUCCUGAAACAUCGAUUCCUCACAUUUAAUAUCUGCCUAUUGUCAGAGAGAACAUCAAGAUUCAUCAGUGCAUACGGAGAAGAAUGUCGCCGACGAUGAUAGCUCCGGUGGUAGUGGAAGAGAACAAUAGAUACCAGAAAGGCGUGAAACAUCUUUGUGACAACGGUCUGACCAAAGUGCCAACCAAAUAUAUAUGGCCCGAACCUGACCGACCCAUCUUCACAAAAUCCGACAAGCUCACCAAACCAAAACAAAACUUAAAGCUUCCCAUCAUAGAUUUCGCCGAGCUCCUAGGGCCUAACCGGUCUCAUGUCCUACGAACCAUAGCCGAGGCCUGCGAAACCUACGGAUUCUUCCAGGUGGUGAAUCAUGGAAUGGAGGGAGACGUGAGCCGGAACAUGAUAGAAGUGUGUAAGAAAUUCUUUGAGCUUCCGUACGAGGAGAGAUCAAAGUACAUGACGUCAGACAUGUCGGCUCCAGUACGGUAUGGUACCAGUUUCAACCAGAACAAAGACAAUGUCUUUUGUUGGAGAGACUUCUUGAAGCUUUAUGCACAUCCUCUCCCUGAUUAUCUUCCUUAUUGGCCUUCUUCUCCAUCCGAUUUCAGGAGUUUGGCGACUACCUACGCGACAGAGACGAGAGAGAUGUUCGAGAUGAUGGUGAAAGCCAUCAUGGAGAGCCUUGAGAUAGACGGUGACGACAACGAGGCAGCGAAGGAGUUGAAAGAAGGUAGUCAGAUGGUGGUCGUGAACUGUUAUCCACCGUGCCCAGAGCCGGAGCUGACGCUGGGGAUGCCACCUCACUCCGAUUACGGCUUCUUGACACUUCUUCUUCAAGACGACGUUGAAGGGCUUCAGAUUCUGUACCGUGACGAAUGGGUCACUAUUGAUCCCAUCCCUGGCUCCUUUGUCAUCAACGUUGGCGAUCAUCUCGAGAUAUUUAGCAAUGGGAGGUACAAAAGCGUGUUACAUAGGGUAUUGGUGAAUUCCACAAAGCCUAGGAUAUCCGUGGCAUCGCUGCAUAGCUUCCCUUUGACUUCGGUCGUGAAGCCAUCACCGAAACUCAUCGACGAACAUAAUCAACCGCAGUACAUGGACACCGACUUUGCCACAUUUCUUCAGUAUAUAUCUACUCGUGAACCCAAGUGGAAGAAUUUUCUUGAAUCACGCAAGAUUCACCAUCUAUAAAAUGACGAUAAAGAUUAUCAUUUUUCUUCUUCUAAUGUUAAUAACAUUAAGGUGGAUUAGAUAAUGUUAUAGAUUUAUGUUAUGCAUGGUUAAAAGAAAAAACGACGAACAAAAAUACGCGUAGCUUCCAACUUUAUUAAGCUUUCUCAUUUUAA